CCCCAACUCUCCCCAUCCCUCUCCCUCACAUCAUGUUAGCCUCUUCUUCUAUCCAUCACUGCAGGACCAGGAUGGAGACAGUGCACUCGCCCUCCUGCUGCUGACCAUGCCCAACUCUUCCUUGAUUUGCAUUCUCUUCUGCAAAAGCCUUCUCCUCCUUUCUCUACCUCUCUCCUCCUUCCUCUGUUUCCUCCCCAUCUCUUUCUCUUAGCAACAAUUCAAAAAGGAAGAAAGAAAGGAGGCAACAAGAAGGCAGAAAGAGAAGCAAGAGGAAAGGACCAGUGAGCAUCCCAGACUUUCAAUGCAAAGCAAAAGGAAGCGAAGAAGAGGCACCACUGGGAGCUGUCUUCCUUGCAUGCUGUACCAACUGGUGCCAGCCUGGGUUCCGAUUAUGAAGGCAUUAUGAGCUGCCCGCUCCAGACUUGGGUGUUGACUGCUUUCCUCUCUCUCCUGCUUUGUCAUUCAGGUUUUGUUAAGGCAGAUGCACAACCUGGUGAUUUGCGAAGGCGGAUCCCGAAUGCCAGCUGGCGCAAGAGAUGGGGGGCUUCAGAAAUCACCUACCCCACUCGUCUAGUGGGGCAGAGCUCUGGGGGAGAAAUCCAGAAGCCUCAGUUGGACACCAGGGUGAGAAGAGAGCCCAACACCCAUGGAGGAGGAAGAGAAGGAAAAGAAGGCAGCCCUGUUAUACAUUUGGCCCAAGUGAGUUUCCUCAUCCAUGCUUUUGGCUCAGCCUUCACCUUGGACCUUGAACUGAACCACCACCUGCUUUCUUCACAUUACGUGGAACGCCAUUUUGGGCAGGAUGGAAAUGCCAGCCACACCACGGGAGCCGGGGAACACUGCUACUAUCAAGGCCAUAUCCGUGGAGAAGCAAACUCUUUCGCAGCUCUGUCCAGCUGUCAUGGCCUGCAUGGUGUUUUCUCCGAUGGAAGGGCUACGUACCUGCUGGAGCCUCAUGAUUCACCUGAGCACCAAGAGGGGCCACUCCCUCAUCAAAUCCACCAGACAGCUAUACCUAGCACUGCCCAGGGCUGCACAGAACCAGGGUGUUUAUUUGCUGCACUGAACAACCACAUUCCUACUGGACUCCCCAAACUGCGCCGUCGAAGGCAGGUUCACCGAGGUCACCGGACUGUCCACAGCGAGACCAAAUUCAUUGAACUCAUUGUAGUUAAUGACCACCAGCUGUUUGAGCAGCUGCGCCGCUCUGUUGUGCUCACCAGCAACUUUGCGAAGUCUGUAGUGAACCUUGCGGAUGUGAUCUAUAAGGAACAACUGAACACACGUAUUGUCCUAGUUGCCAUGGAGACGUGGGCAUCAGGGGACAAGAUCCAGGUAGACGAAGAUUCCCUGGAGACCCUGAAUGAGUUCAUGAAGUAUCGUCAGGAUGCUCUUCCUGAACAUAGCGAUGCUGUACAUCUCUUCUCGGGUCAUACUUUCCGAAGUAGCCGCAGUGGUACGGCUUACAUUGGAGGAAUCUGCUCCAUUGCCCGAGGAGGUGGGGUCAAUGAGUAUGGCAACGUGGGAGCGAUGGCAGUAACAUUAGCACAGACCCUGGGUCAAAACAUUGGUAUGAUGUGGAACAAGCAGCGAGCCUCUGCAGGGGACUGUCGUUGUCCUGACUCAUGGCUGGGCUGUAUUAUGGAGGAUACUGGCUUCUACCUGCCACGGAAGUUCUCACGGUGCAGCAUUGAUGAAUACAAUAAGUUUCUGGCUGAUGGUGGUGGAAGCUGUCUCUUUAACAAGCCUUUGAAGCUCCUUGAUCCCCCUGAAUGUGGCAAUGGCUUUGUGGAGGCAGGUGAAGAAUGUGAUUGUGGCUCCUUAGCGGAGUGCUCCAAGGGUGGAGGAAACUGCUGCAAGAAAUGUACGCUUACACAUGAUGCCAUGUGUAGUGAUGGCUUAUGUUGCCGAGGGUGCAAGUAUGAGCCACGAGGUGUCACCUGCCGAGAAGCUGUGAAUGAGUGUGACAUUCCAGAGACCUGCACCGGUGACUCUAGUCAGUGCCCUUCCAAUUUGCACAAACAGGAUGGUUACUUUUGUGAUAAUGAGCAGGGACGGUGUUACGGAGGCCGCUGCAAAACCAGGGACCGCCAAUGCAAUGCAUUGUGGGGACGGGCUUCAGCUGAAAGGUUUUGCUAUGAGAAGCUGAAUGUGGAAGGCACUGAGCGAGGGAAUUGUGGGCGUGAGGCAAACCGCUGGGUGCCAUGUGUCAAGCAGGACGUCUUAUGUGGAUACCUCCUCUGCGCCAAUGUGACUGGUUCUCCGCGUAUUGGUGAACUUCUUGGUGAAAUCACCACAAUGACUUUCUACCAUCAGAAGCGUUAUGUUGACUGCAGGGGUGGCCAUGUUCAACUUGUGGAUGGCACAGAUAUAAGUUACGUGGAAGAUGGGACACCCUGUGGGCCCAACAUGCUGUGUUUGGAUCACAAAUGCCUUCCUCUGUCCACCUUUAAUUUCAGUACCUGCCCAGGCAGCUGGGGUGGCCAGAUCUGCUUUGACCAUGGGGUGUGCAGCAAUGAAGGCCAGUGUAUCUGCAAUCCUGACUGGACAGGCAAAGACUGCAGUGUUUAUGACCCUAUCCCAGACCCUAAGCCUACAGGCGAGACAGAAAAGUACAAGGGUCCCAGUGGCACCAACAUCAUAAUUGGCUCCAUUGCUGGAGCCAUCCUGGUAGCUGCAAUCGUCCUUGGUGGCACCGGAUGGGGAUUUAAGAACAUUCGCAGAGGAAGGUAUGACCCAGCUCAGCAGGGCGUGUAGCAUCGAUUCUCACCACUGGCACUGCUCCAUCACUCACCACCUCCAUUCCGCCACCUCCUUAUUUGCUCCCCCACCUGCUCUCCUUUGCUUGCAGUAGUCAUGCAGUUGGCAGGGCCAGAUCCCCUGCAGAAGUCCUUCUUGGCAAAGAGGAUCUCGCUUUUGCCAUCGCUUCUCCGUGUUCACCCAUCCAUUCGUCCGUCCAUCAUGCCAGCAGCUUCAGCAGCAGCAUUUCAUUCUCCCAUUUUUUGUGUUGUGUUGUGUUGUGUUGCGAGGACCAAUGUUUGGGGCAUGAGCAAAUGGCAGGAGGAGUUUGUCUCCUGCGAUUCUAAGGAUUUUCUGUCAUCCAAUGUGGCAUCUGGCCUGCUCCUACAUCUGAUGCUAUAAGGUCCAAUUGCUUGAGGCCCAUCUCUCAAGCCCAGUUAUUGACACACUAGUUUUCUGAGGUGAUAAAACCAACAUUAAAUUCAUUAAAUUUUACAGAGGCUGGGAAAGUUACACUUUUGGACUACAAUUCCCAGAAUUCUGGCCAUGCCAGGUAGGAAACUUCAAUCCAAAACACCCAAACUCUAGAUUUUACUACACUUUCUACCAUUGGGGGGGGGGAAUUAAGAUUUGCUUUCAUAGGGAGACCCUAUAUUUACUCCUCUCCAUAUUUUGGCUUACAGCUCCUAUUGUCCCUUGUCACUUACUGUGCUGGGUGAGGCUAAUGGGAGCUGUAGGCCACAGCAUCUGGAGGGCAAAAGGCUUCUACCUCUGAUUACAGUGAAUGAUGCAGUUUACAUGUGAUGAAGCAGACUGUGUCUACAAAAUCUUAUUUUACAAACUGCUUUCAGUCUCAAAGAUCCCAUUGUGUAGUGUAAUACAAUCUAGUGGUUCUCAGCCUUUGGUCCUCCAGAUAUUUUGGACUUCACUUCUAGAAUCUGUCACCAUUGGAUGUGUUGGUGGAGGCUUCUAGGAGCUGACGUCUAAGACACAUGGUAGAUUGAAGAUUGAGAAACCCUAGCCUGUGGUGUUAUGUGACAGUCCAGGCCUGUGUGUUCCAUGGAGCAUUUUGUUUCAACUGAGGACCAAACUACAAGUGGCCUCAAUCCUGUUGUUAGCAUCAGUGUGAAUAAGCCCACCGAAUCAGUGGUAGCUUGGUAAGCCAUCUCUUCCAUUAAGUCAAUUGGUCUAUACUUGGAGCUAACAGUUGGAUGAGGUUCAGGAUUUCCCUGCUUUUCCCCCAACUGUAGUGCUGGUGUUGAGAGCUGGACCUGUUCAACCAGCAGGACUAUUUGUCUGCUCAGUUUUGUCCUACCUCUAUUACAUUCCCAGGUUCAGGCUGAAAGGUACGGACACCCUAUAGCCUUUCCCCAUUGUGAAAGAAAGCAGCUUUUUGAAAGCUAUUUUGAAUGGGAAAGCAUACAAUGUGGUAAGGGUCAAGCCAGCCUGUCUAGUUUGCUACUAAAGUCUCCCAGAAUUCAGUACCUGUUUUUAAAGGGAAAAUUGAAUGUCUACAGAAUAAAGGAGGCUGAUUCAAACAGCUGCUAUCCUAAAAUGGAAUAAUUCAUUAGACUAGUAUGAAUUGUACACAAAUGUACAUGUACUGGCUACAGUUCACAUUAAACUUUCAAUGCACC